AUGUUCCGAGUCAUAUUCUGGGUCAUAUUCGAGUCAUAUUCAUAUUCUGGGUCAUAUUCUGAGUCAUAUUCUGAGUCAUAUUCCGAGUUAUAUUCUGGGUCAUAUUCGAGUCAUAUUCUGAGUCAUGUUCCGAGUCAUAUUCUGGGUCAUGUUCCGAGUCAUAUUCUGGGUCAUAUUCCGAGUCAUAUUCCGAGUUAUAUUCUGGGUCAUAUUCCGAGUCAUAUUCUGAGUCAUAUUCCGAGUCAUAUUCUGGGUCAUAUUCCGAGUCAUAUUCUGAGUCAUGUUCCGAGUCAUAUUCUGGGUCAUAUUCCGAGUCAUAUUCUGAGUCAUAUUCCGAGUCAUAUUCCGAGUUAUAUUCUGGGUCAUAUUCCGAGUCAUAUUCUGAGUCAUGUUCCGAGUCAUAUUCUGGGUCAUAUUCCGAGUCAUAUUCCGAGUUAUAUUCUGGGUCAUAUUCCGAGUCAUAUUCUGAGUCAUGUUCCGAGUCAUAUUCUGGGUCAUAUUCCGAGUCAUAUUCCGAUUUAUAUUCUGGGUCAUAUUCCGAGUCAUAUUCUGAGUCAUAUUCCGAGUCAUAUUCUGAGUCAUAUUCCGAGUCAUAUUCCGAGUUAUAUUCUGGGUCAUAUUCCGAGUCAUAUUCUGCGUCAUUUUCUUUUCAGUAGGUGGGUUGACCUCUACCUUCUUCAAGCAGGAUUUCUUAUCCUUAAUCUAAUCGACACUUCGGGUUCCUAUUUUAAAUUAGAUAUAUUCUGA